AAAAAUAAAUAAAAUAAAAAACCGACCAUCAACAACAACAACAACAACAACAGCAGCAGCAACUUCACCGGACCACUUCAGAUGGAACCAACACCAUGUCAUCUCAUGGUCCACAGAAUCGGGCAUUCUCAGUCACCCACCAGAGGGCCAUCCUCGACAUCAAGCUAGACGGAACCAUCAACGCAAUCACCGAGAUCACCAUCCUACCCCUCUCAGCCGACCUCAACACAGUACACCUCCACUCAUCCCACUGCACCAUCUCAUCCAUCUACCAUCCCAGCCAACACCCAAACAACAACAAACAGCCACUCCAGUUUAUCCUCAACCAGCCCAACCUCGUCAAGAUCCCUGACCCCAACUCAGUCAGGCAAUUCCCUGAAGCAAAACCCAGGCUAUUCGAACAAGUCAACAAGAAGGAGACCGGCGAACUAGCCAUCCAGAUCGAUCGACACAAGAUCAAUCGAACCAGCAAUCGCCAACCUGCUACCAGCUUACUACCCCCAUCCGAUCAACAUCAACUCCCAGCUCAGAAGGACAAAGAUCUAGAAUUCGAUCCGAUCAUCAUCACCAUCGAAUACCAGAUCACUCAAGCUGACCUCACCCUCAACCCAGCCAUCUGCGUCGUAGGCGGACAACACCCUCACCUAUUCACCAAUUCUAUCUCGGCCAGGUCUUGGGUCCCCUGCUUGGAUUCGCUAUGGGAGAGAAGCCCAUGGGAACUCGAGUUUAUCGUACCCAGAUCAUCCAUCACCAACCAUGCGAAACCAUCCCCGCUCACCGUCGUCGCAUCCGGUGAACUGAUCGAACAAAUCACCCAUCCAACCGACCCUUCCAAGACCGUCUUCUAUUACGCACAAGCCAUCCCGACCUCAGUCCAACACAUAGCUUGGGUAGUCGGCCCUCUCACCGUCAACGACCUGACUCCCUAUCGACCUCCCCCAACUUCUAGCCCACAUCAAGAUAAGGUCGAUCAACCAGUCGAUCAAGAGAUCAUCACCGAUCAACAUCAUCAAUCCUCUACUGAGAUCAAUCUACUUGCCUUCUGUCUCCCCAACAGACAGUCCCAACUCCUCCAUGUCGUCAACUUCUUACCUCAUGCUCUCUUUUUCUUCACCCAGGAAGGGUUAUUCCUCGACAUGUCUGCUGCCACUCACACCAUCUGUGCCACCUUCAACUCAGCGACCUUGACCCUCCAUCCAUCCGAUUUACUCUACCCACCUCAAGUUAUCGACCAAGUAUAA